AUGACAAGCCAAUUCCAAAAAAGAUUAAAUGCUAAAUAUUUAUUGAUGAAAUCUGACCCAUACUAUUCACAAAAGUAUCCAGAUAGUAGUUUAAAUAAUCACCCUUUUCAUCAUAUAGUAUUACCAUAUAAAUUACCAACAGUUUUAGAUAUAAUACAAGAUAGUUUGGAGAAUGUCAAAAAUGUUGAAUUAAAGGAAGAUCAAACACCAUUGUUUUACAGUUUAUGUCAUGUUUUGACAGAGUUACCAAUAAUCGGUGAUAAUAUAUUAUUAAAAGCUGGUACACAAUAUCAUUCAAAUCUAUUCGUUUCUCCUACAAGCGAAGUACCAAAAAUAUCAAUAACUGAAUAUUUAACUAGACUUGUAAAAUUCUCACCAUGUUCCAAAGAAUGUUUCAUUAUGAUUAUAGUUUAUAUUGAUAGAAUUAUUUCAAAAACAAAUUUUAUUAUAAAUAGUUUUAAUAUUCAUAGAUUAUUAAUAACUGCAAUUAUGGUUGCUUCUAAAUAUAUAGAUGAUAUCUUUUAUAAUAAUGAAUACUAUAGUCAUAUUGGUGGUGUUACCAGAGAUGAAUUAAAUAGAUUAGAAAUUUCAUUUUUAAAUUUACUACAAUUCGAUCUUUCAUGUCCAUUACCGGAUUACUUGGAUUAUUUCUCAAAAUUGGAUUCAUUUGUUAGUAAAUUAAGAAGACAAAAUAAAAAAGACUCUGUCAUUAAAAUUCAUCACCAUUCUGUAAAUCAACAAUAUCAACAACAACAACAAAUGCAAAUGCAGCAACAACAACAAAUGCAACAACAAAUGCAACAACAACAAUAUCAACAACAUGCCCAACAACAACAAUAUCAACAAAUUCAAUCACCACAAAGAGAUUCAAGAUCAAAUAUUUCAAAAAUAAUAAAUCCAAUUAAUGAUAAUAAUUCUCCAAGUAUGGUAACAUCUACAAGAAGAAAAUCAAUAACACAACAACCUCAAACUCAAUUUAUUCUUCCAAAAUGUAUUUCUUAA